AUGGAAAGAGGAAAGUAUGGAGAAAAACCUCCCACACCUCCCACAGCUCCCACACCUCCCCACUCCUCCCAUACCUCCCACACCGCCCACACCUCCCACACCUCACCGCCCACACCUCCUACACCUCCUACACCUCCCACACCUCCCCACUCCUCCCACACCUCCCACACCUUACCGCCCACACCUCCUACACCUCCCACACCUCCCCACACCUCCCACACCGCCCACACCUCCCACACCUCACCGCCCACACCUCCUAUACCUCCCACACCUCCCCACUCCUCCUACAUCUCCUACACCUCCUACACCUCCCACACCUCCCCACUCCUCCCACACCUCCCACACCGCCCACACCUCCCACACCUCACCGCCCACACCUCCUACACCUCCUACACCUCCCACACCUCCCCACUCCUCCCACACCUCCCACACCUUACCGCCCACACCUCCUACACCUCCCACACCUCCCCACACCUCCCACACCGCCCACACCUCCCACACCUCACCGCCCACACCUCCUAUACCUCCCACACCUCCCCACUCCUCCCACACCUCCUACACCUCCCACACCUCCCCACUCCUCCCACACCUCCCACACCGCCCACACCUCCUACACCUCCUACACCUCCCACACCUCCCCACUCCUCCCACACCUCCUACAUCUCCCACUCCUCCCACACCUCCUACACCUCCCACACCUCACCGCCCACACCUCCCACACCUCCUAUACCUCCCACACCUCCCCACUCCUCCCACACCUCCCACACCUCCUACACCUCCCCACUCCUCCCACACCUCCCCAUACCGCCCACACCUCCCACUCCUCCCACACCUCCCACUCCUCACCUCACCUCCCACACCGCCCACACCUCCUACACCGCCCACACCUCACCGCCCACACCUCCUACACUGCCCACUCCUCCCACACUGCCCACUCCUCCCACACUGCCCACACCUCACCUCCCACACCUCCUACACCUCCCCACUCCUCCCACACCUCACCUCCCAUACCUCCUUCACCUCCUAUACCUCCCCACUCCUCCCACACCGCCCACACCUCACCUCCCACACCGCCCACACCUCACCGCCCACACUUCCCAUACCUCCCACACCUCACCUCCCACACCUCCUACACUGCCCACACCUCACCUCCAACACCUCCUUCACCUCCUACACCUUCCCACUCCUCCCACACCUCCCCUCCCACACCUUCUUCACCUCCUACACCUCCCACACUGCCCACACCUCCCACACCUCACCUCCCACAGCUCCCACACCUCACAUACUGCCCAAACCUCACCUCCCACACCUCACCUCCCACACUGCCCACACCUCCCAUAUCUCACCUCCUACACCACCCACACCUCCCACACCUCACCUCCCACACUGCCCACACCUCCCAUACCUCACCUCCCACACUGCCCACACAACCCACACCUCAUCUCCUACACCACCCACACCUCCCACACUGCCCAUACCUCACCUCCCACACCUCCCAUAUCUCCCACACCUCCCAUACCUCACCUCCCACACCUCCCAUAUCUCCCACACCUCCCAUACCUCACCUCCCACACUGCCCACACCUCCCACACCUCACCUCCCACACCGCCCACACCUCCCACACUGCCCACACUUCCCACACCUCACCUCCCAUACCUCACCUCCCACACCAGCAGGAGAUCUGCAGAAAUUGCGUGA